AUGUCAGGUCGGCUAGGUGACGAUACACAACAAGAUGCUAAUGGUAUUUGCAGAGAGAUGGCAUCCGGAGACUUCCUUAUUUCAUCUUCCUCAUGGUACUCAGCUCUUUGUGGACAUGAGCUCGACGUACACAACAUCAUCUACCUCAUGUACUUAUCGGAUACAACACGUAUACGAGAGUACAACUGGGGAGUGGUUGUACUGGCGUACAACUACUACAGACUCGGAGAGGGAUGCAUGUGGAAGGCUUGGAUACCACAACACAUCCCAGACAUUAUUGGUUGGGGAGAGGUGCCUACCUACACUGAGUUCAUGCUGCGUGCUAGUGCAUUCAGCCCCCUCAGAGGGAACCAGGUGUCGGAUCCUUACAGGCGCGGACUUGAUCGCAUGGCUGUCGAGGACGUCAGAUAUGAUUGUUAUGCUGAUCACCGUGAGACGGUUCCAUUUGAUGAGAUAACACUAUACUCUAGAUGGUUGGCCGCCAGCUCGACCAUUAUUGUGCGUUAUCUUUUGGAGUGUGUCAUGCGUCAGUUUGGCUACACACAAACGAUACCUCACGACCCUACUGUCUCCGCUCUUAUCGCCAUGACCCGUCGGAAGUUAGAUGAGUUCUUUCCAAACUGGGAGCAUCACAUGGUUCCUGAGGAGGCUCAGGCUGUUCUAAUAACAGAUUCAAAGAAAAGUUCUUGGAUUAAAAAAAAGGGAAAAGAGAGGAGAAGAAGCUUUAGAUCUGAAAUUGCAACCGCUGAAGCUGUUACCAUCCGAAUCACCGACAGGAGCAGCAAGAAUCACCGACAGGAGCAGCAAGAGUUACAGCUAGACGUGAUUAACACCUCCUCCGACCAGCCGGCGCCGGCUGCCGCAUCGAACUUACACGGCCACAUCCGCCGUCGAUUUCACACACAGACGCUGCAGCCCCUUCCCUCCGAAUCGCCGGUCCUCCACGUGACCACCACCGCGAAUCACCGGCCGAUAUCGCGUCUAUUCGUCAAGACCACAAGCAUCUUUGACACCGCCGUUUCUUGA